AACAACUAUGUCUCCUAAAAACUUAAACAUCGCUGUCAUCGGUACAGGUAUUUUUGCUAAUGAUGCCCACUUGCCUACCUUUAACAAGAUCCCCUACCUCACGCCAAUUGCCUGUUACAACAGAACCAAGGCCAAAGCUGAGACCUUUGCUGAAAGGGCCAACAUCGAUAAAUCCAAGGUCUACGACUCUUUGGAAAAAGCCUUCGAAGACAAGGAAGUAGACUUUGUGGAUGCCUUGCUACCAGUACAAUUCAACUUGGACGUCGUCAAGUUGGCAGUUAAGCACAAUAAGCCAUUGGCAUUGGAAAAGCCUGUGGCUGCCAAUUUAACACAGGCUGCUGAAAUCGUCAAAAUUGCUGAAUCUACUGACUUGCCAAUUGGUAUUUUGGAAAACUGGGCCUUCUACAAUGCUGUCGGAGCCCUCCAAGACCAAUUGCCCAAAAUCGGCGACGUUACGGCUUUCACUUACAAAUCAACUGGUCCUUGGAAUACCAACAACAAGUAUUUGGCUACCACUUGGAGACAGAAACCUGAACAUGUUGGAGGAUUCUUGAGUGAUGGAGGUGUUCAUCAAAUGACCUUGUUGACUGAAGUGUUGGGAUCUGUUGAAACGAUUUCGGCCAAUACGGUGCAGUUGCGUGAAGAAAGUGGUGAUCAAGACACCUUGUUCUCUACUAUCAAGUUGCAAAGUGGAGCCAUCGGUACAUUUGUCUAUGGAUCAGCCUUUGGUGCAUCUGAAAAGAAGUUGGAGUUUGCUAUUUACGGUAAAAAUGGGUCGCUUGUCUAUACUUUGGCACCCGCGGAAGGAAAGCCUUCUUUGGUGAUCAGAAUUGGCAAAGAUGGCAACUCUGGUGAAUCACAAACAAUCGCUGUUGAAGAAGGAGACUCGUAUGAAAAAGAAUUCGUUAACUUUGCAGAUGCCGUGACUGCCAACGAUAAGUCGGUGAUUGCAAUUUCCCCAAGAAAAGCGUUCCAUCACUUGGCGAUCGUGGAUGCUGCUUUGAAGAGUUCCAAGGACAACGGUGCUUCUGUAACCAUCCAGAAUCCAUAGUACUAUAGAUUUAUAGUAUCAAAGUUCGUCUUUUAUUAGUGAUGUAGCGGUCUCGACAAUUUGUUCCCAUGUUUGAACAACCGUUUCCUCUGAUGCCAUACUCUGCGUGUCAAUGCUUGAUGCGGUGAAAGUGGCAGUGGCUAUUGAAAUGCCAGUACUAACAUCGACACUCUCAAGUAUGUCUUUCUCGGUUGAUUUAGGUAGGAACCACAAGAAUACUCUGAAUA